CUGGCUCGGUAUUUUGCAGUCUCUCCUAACGGAACCGAAAUCGAAGUGAGACUUGUGAAUUUCACAAAAGGUCUUUCUGUUGACGGAUGCAGUUACGCAGGUGUAGAGAUCAAGACCAAUGAGGACCAAACGCUCACUGAGAGUGAGAAGGUCGACUCGAAUGAAGAGGAAGAAUUCGAUCGGAAUGACUGUUUGGCAGUCUUUCACAGAACAAGAAUCAAAUUCACAAAACCAUGUCAUGCGGAAGCCCUGAAAGGCGCAGUGAAUUGCAGAUUCUGCUCACCUGACGCGGCUGGAACAAUUCUUCGUUCUUACAUAAACCGUGUCCCAAUAAUGACAUAUAACAGGAUUGUCAAAACGACGACAUUGCCUCUCUCUUGUACCGAGUGGUUUCUGCAAGGGUACACUAUCGGAGGCUACCAAGAAGAAAGUGUGUCCAAGAUCAUGUGGCUUCUGUGA